CUUCUUAAAUACUCUUAAAAUAGAAUCAAUAAACAGUGUUUACAUAAACUUUUUUCACAACAGCCGGUGUACUUAAAAAGAGUAAAAUAAAACCACUGUAAUGUAAGUUGAUUUUGAACAUGUGACUAAAACUCAAGACUGUUUAUUCACCAAUACAUUUCUUACGCAUAUUUCUGCAAUUUUAGAGUAUUUUUGGUAUUUUAUGUCGGUAUAAUAUUUAUAUGUUUAAGACGUCGUGCAAACAAACGUUCACCUCCACCGCAAGCCAAACGUUAAAAAAAUAAGCGAGCCAAAGUGGCGGUAAUUCCAAAUUUUGUUUUCUAGUAACAACUUUGAAACAAACCACUUACUGUUUUCUUAAUUGUCUUUCAUACCAUGUAAUUGUGAUAGUACGGAAAAAACGAUCGAAAAUAUAAAAGCUUUGCUGACGCAUUAAAAAGCCAUCGUUAUCUGGCCAAAUAAUAAGAGGGCUACAAGCCCCUAUUAGCUUCUAGUAAUGCUAACCCACCUUCUUAAUUUCCAGUGUGAUGUUGAAGGCUGUUCCGAGAAACACGCUGUCCUCCCAUGCUUAUAUCUGAGGUGCAAACGAAUCUUCUCCUAAGUAUAAAGGGGCGAGUCUUAGCAGCCCUGGCCUGAUUGGCGGAAUGCCCAUCAAUAUACGCACGUGACAAGAACAGUUCCUUGAAUUCAGUGGUUACUGAAGACAGCAGUAAACAUGGACAGCGACUACGGGAAGGCAGGAAAGGACUCAGAAGUCGCCGAAGUUCUUGUCCCUCUUCGGGGAAAGAAUCGGGAAUCUCCCCAUCAGAAACAGUCAUGGAUGUUCUGGAGAAGGAAACGCCACUUAAUGGCAUUUCUUGCAUUCCUUGGCAUGGUCAAAGUGUACACCCUGAAGGUGAGCGUGAGCGUAGCUGCUGUCGCGAUGACCUCACCCUAUCACACCACCUUGGAUAACGGCACUGUCGUGGAGGUGCAAGACUUUAACUGGAACUCAAAAAUGUUGGGGGCAUUUCUCAGCUCAUAUUUUUACGGACAAGUCAGCUCUCAGUUAAUUGGUGGGUGGCUUGGUGCUCGGGUGGGUGGUGCUCGACUGUUUGGAUGGGCCUUGGGUGUCACAGCUGUCUUGACAUUGAUCACUCCACCUAUAGCAUACACCAAUUUCUACCUGCUUCUGAUCACCCGAGCUUUGACAGGCUUCUUUGAGGGGAUGGGAUAUCCAUGUUUAAUGGAGAUAUGGUCGAAGUGGAUCCCUCCUCAAGAGAGGAUGAAUUUGUUGAGCUUAGCCUUGUCCGGGAUUCCUGUUGGGACAGUAGUGGGCUUGCAGACAGGUGGACUUAUAGCUGACUAUCUCGGCUGGGCUUUUAUAUUCUACAUCACAGGCAUUCUUGGAAUUCUGUGGACCACUGUGUGGCUGUUGGUGGUGAAAGAUCGACCUGAGUACGAUUUACACAUAUCUUCUGAAGAGUUGAAAUAUAUCAAGGAUUCUAUGGAGGUCAAUACUGGGAAUAAACAUAUCAAACACCCAUGGAAAAAGUUCUUUACCUCGAAGCCCGUGUGGGCUAUUGCUGUUGGCAUUAUCUGUGAGAACUGGGGACACCUUACAUUCAUUACUCAACUGCCUGCAUUCAUGACAGAUGUUUAUGACUUUCGACUGUCAAAAUCGGGUUUCAUAACGUCAUUACCUUACAUCGCACUGGGCAUUACCGCACAAUUUACUGGCAGACUAGCUGAUUGGCUUAAGAAUGAAAAGAUUCUUACAAUGACACAGGUCCGUAAAACAUUUGGAUGUGGAACAUUCUUUCUCCAAGCAGCUAUCCUCAUGCUUUCUACUCAGUUUGAGUCAGCUGCUUUGGUCAUGUUGUGUCUCAUCACUCUUUUAGGAUUGGAAGGAUUCGCAUUAGCUGUCAUACCUUCAAAUGGUUUAGACCUGGCACCUCAGCAUGCCAGUGUAAUAUUUGGGCUCAGCUGCACACUGGGAAGUCUACCUGGCGUUCUCAGUCCUCUUCUCACAGGCUUUAUUGUCACUGAUAAGAGCAAAGAACAAUGGAUGAUCGUCUUCUACAUAGCUACUGGCUUGUACGUGUUUGGAGGUGUAUUUUACGGAUUAUUAUCAUCUGGCGAACUACAACCUUGGGCAAAAGAUGGAACUUUACCACCAGGCAAAGACCCUGAAAAUAAUAAUUUGUCUGUUGAAAAAGAAGACCAUAUUAAAAGCAAAUUGUGAUCUCA